AGGUGCACCACGCAAAACUUACCGACAACAGCCGCGGAUUUAUGUUCCUCCAACAAUCCCUCAACUCUAACCCAAUUUAACAUUGAUAUUAGUUUCGUCUUGCGAGUAUUCAGUAUUUAGUCGGCACAUAGCUGCAAGAUUGAGUUUUUUCUUACGAUAAUUGCUUAAAUUUGGUGGAUUAAGUAACCGUUUGGCGUAUUAAAGGUACGGAUUAGCAUUUGUGUAUAUGGUAGAUGCUAUGUGAGGGACUGAAGGAACAGAUAAUUGUGACAUCUAUCACCCAAAGCACGAACUGAACAAAGCUGGUCCACUAUACUUUCACGGAGGUUUGUAUCUUUGCUUGAAACUGUCUAUUACUCCUGUAUAGACUGCUUUUACAUGUUUCCUCUGUUAGCUUGUCAAAGGUAAACAAACCGACAUGUGCCUCUUGCAGCCUCUGUGGCGCUGCUAUUCUUGCUAAGACAGUGUUUGUGUUAACAGAGGAGCUGGUAUCUAAAUGAUAAAGGCUAGUUUCUGUUCUGUCACAGGGUCGUUUUCUGAUGGAAUCACUCAACACUUUUGAAUCUGAGAUGGAGGCUGACGGGCAGGGGAACUAUUCUCUGUUUCCUGCUCUAGACAGCAUCGCAAGUCUGUCAGGGAGCGGAGAGACUUUGGAGAGGUUCUUGAAAAUAAUCAUCUUUUAAAAUAAGAUAUUUCUCAAAAAAUAUUUUGGAAAAUACUUGUGUAGACUAAAUGCCCAUUUGCCCAUUUAGUCAUACUAAAAUGUGCUUAAUGUGUGUUUUGAUUUUCAGUGAACCCCCUAGUGAAAUUGCAGAGAAGCCGAACCUCACAUGGCUAGAUGCUGCACAGGUAUCUCAAAUGUUCAUUUUCAGUUUGGUAUUCUUCACAGUAACACCAUUCAGCCUUGUCGCCGCUGUAUGAAUGUUUGUAGAGUAUAAUUUUUCUUUUUUAACUUUAUAGAUAGUUUUGGAAAAUGCUGGACGUCCUAUGCACAUCAAGGAAAUCAAACAAAGAAUCAUUGACAGAGGACUUGUUCAAUCUAAGUACAGCAUUCCUCCCAGUUUACUACAUGUUAUUGCUCAUAUGAUGGGCCUUUAUCAAUCCCUUAGAUUGGCAGAAAACUUGGAUCUUCAUUUUGACUUUGAAAACCGUAUUAUUCUCUCCUUUCCAGUGCAAAAUCAAGCUUGGAGGCAGUCAUGUACCGUGAGGUAAGUUACUUGUUAAAGGCUCAGUCUGACAGCAACCUCUGCUGUUGAGUGUAACCGCUUGCACCACCACUUGGCAUUUGUGUGAGUUCACCUAACACAGUUUAUGUCUUGUGUGUAUUUCUGUUUAUGUUUUUUUCUUCAUGUUUUCCACCCUGCUUUUUUUUCCAUCUUGUUUUGCAAGCCUAAAAGAGGCUUACAUUCCCCGUGCUUGACCAGAACUAAACAGAAUAACCCAAAGUGACUCCUAGCUGUCAGCAAAAAACAUUAAAAAAUUGGCAUUUGCAGCCCCGUGCAUCGGCUUCAGUCUCACAUUAUGUUUCAGACACAAAAAGGAAGCAGGAGAUUCAAGAGGAUUGAGAACAGAAAUGGAGUCUUUGCAUUGCUGGUGAGUUUUACGGGACACAGAUGUAAAUUUGCCAAAAAAAAAAAAAAAAAACACCAUGUUUGACAGAAUCUGACCUAUUGUGAUAUUCUAGACCAUUGUUUAUAAAUUAAUACCAAAUCAUUGCUGUCUCAGGUAAGUUAAAACACAGCACUGCCUGGUGUAGUGAUCUCAUAUUGCAAGAGUUUUCAAACAAUCUGAACCUAAUAGUAUGAAACAAGAUAUCUGCCAUUGAUUUUUGUUACAUGAGCAUAAGGCAAUGCCUAGUCACAUUCAACCUGAGAGUUACGAGUGUAGAAUUUUUAAGCUGGCACUUAAAAUGUAUCCCAUCAUGGCUACAGUACUGAUCAGUUAACCAAGUUUUUGUGCCACUUACACUUAUCAAUAUGCUUAAUUUCCAAAGCUGAGCAGUUUCAUACCUACUAAAUUUUGUCAGCAGUAGUAGAUUUUGAGUAGUGUAAACUUGACAAUGCUAGAUAUUUUGCUUCAUCUAUAUUAGCCUGAAAAAAAUCUGAAAUGUUUAAAACUUUAUGAUUUGCUGCAGUUUUUGAAUUUUCAUUUCUUGCAUUGUUUGUCAUACAGCAGUUUGAUCGUAAUCUUCAUCAGUGCCAUGAAGUGUCUGUGGUUUGGUUUUAAUUUUUAUCCAUCCAAGGCAGCAGCUGCUUUAGCCUCAGAUUCUCCUGAUUCAAGUGAACAGAUCUGUUUGUCUCUUUCUCUCUGUUUCUUCACAGACCGAUGAGGAGCGGCAGCAGGCCCUGCAGACCUUCACUGCCCAGUCCUUCCUCGGCUCCCCGCAGCAGAAUACCAUUUCCAGUUCUGGAUCAGGUGCCUCAGGCCCUGCCUUUCCAUCUCCAACCAGUUCCUCAGAGCACAAGACCAAGAUGAAGAGAGGUCCAAGAAAAAAACAAAAUGAGAAGUACAGACUCAAGUACCUCAGACUGCGUAAAGCUGCUCGUGCUAUGAUGUUUGUGAGUCAACCAUAAAGUCUUGAAAAGCCAUGACUAGUUUAUCUUUACAGUAUGUGCAUAUGCUAUGAUAGGUAAUGGUUUUCAGUUUCUUAUACUAAACUGGAGUAAUGUACAUGUUAUAACCAUGUUAUCAUCACAGGAGAAUGCAGCUCUUUGUGAUGAAGUCGCCCACAUAGAGGAAAAGUUUCUGAGAGCAAAGGAGGAGCGAAGGUGAGUCAACAAGUUUCUUGUGUUCUCAGAUGACAUGAUAUUCUAACAAAUGGUGCCAGUAUAAACAGCAGUGACCUUCUUCCUCAAAUCCUGUUUUUCUUAUCACUUUAAAUGAUAAUGGAUUUUAAAGUGCUUUCUUGAAAUGUUUGAUGUCAUUUCUCUUAAAAAAAAAGUGAUUUAUUCAUGCUAAUUUUCAAUUGCAGGUUUUUGUUGAAGUCACUGUUGCAGUACCAAUCAUUUUCAGAGGGAGAGUUGAUGCCAACACCUAGCAUAAGCUCCCAACCAGCUGUUCCACCUGUGGCCUUAACCUCAGGUCCUGCUGGGGGUUCAGGCCUAUCCGGUGGGCAUAACCAUACAUCAGUGGUGCCAACAGUGGAAGAGGGACCUCUUAAAAGACCUAAAAAGGAAAGGAAGGAGAGAGGCAGGGAAAAUGGAAAGGAGGAAAGUGAGUGCUCCAUACAUUUAUCAAUCUAUAAAACAGUUGGAAUUAAGCAUGUGUAUCUGUCAAGACUGUCUAUUCAUUUUUUUUACUUGUUUUUUCAGUUCCAAAAAAAGUUUCUAAAAAAAGAAAGCUAGCAGAUGGUUCCCGAAAGCUGGUGCAGCCCAUUCCUCUGGACUCAUGUGGCCGUCCUGUCUUUCCCAUCGUACUGGGAGGUUUAACAGUCUAUAGUCUUGGAGAGGUCAGUGUCCAGCUUGACUGUGGUAAUGUAAAUUUGUCAUCAGCAUAGACAUUUAGAGUGGCUGUGGCUCAGAGGAGAAUUGGUCGUUUCUCAAAUAAAAGAUUAGGGGUUCAAUUCCAGGUCUAUGAGAUGGACACUGAUACAUAACCACCUCUGCUCCGACUGUAAGGAUGUGAUGUGAAUUUGUGAUAUGCAAAAGCACUUUAGAUGGUCAGAAGACUGGAGAAAGUGCUACAUGAAUACAGUCCGAUCCGUUGACAUGUUCAUUUAUAGUCAUGUGUGCUAAACUCUUGCUAAAACUAGUCUUACUAUCCAUCAGACUGAUAAAUGGCACACUCAUUAAACCUGACACUAACUGCUGAAUGUAUUUCAACAAUGCACUCCAGAUCAUCACAGACAGAAUGUUGUUCCACGAUGAGUGCGCCAUCUACCCAGUGGGCUUCUGCAGCACACGAGUCUUUGCAAGCAUGAAAAACCCGGACCAGCAGUGUCUCUACACCUGCCAGAUCAAGGAUGGGGGAACAGGCCCACAGGUAAGCGCACACCAAGGGUUUCAGGACGACCAAUUUUUACCAGUGCCUGGGUUUUUCAAAAUAGUAGUUGACUAGUUGUCACAUUAGUCCUUGUCUGUAGCACUUAGAGAUUAGCUUGAAAUGUAAGGUGCAUCAUAAAUAAAAUGUGUUUUUUUGCUCUUGUUAUAAUGAUGAUAAAAAGUUGUAUUCUGCGAUACAAACGGCACAAACAUUGGCUGUGGCAUGUCACACAAUGCAGAAUUACAUUGUAUCUACAUAAAAAGAAAAAAUGGCAAUGUGGCUUUCCUAGACAAAGCAAUCAGAACCAAGGCCAAACCCCUCCCCUGUGGUUCUGACCAUUUGACCAGUCAGCUGUUUCCAACAGAACCAGUAGUUGAAGUGGUCCAGUAGUGUUUUAGUUACAACACAAGACCUUUAUUUAUCCCCAAAGGGAAAUUCAUUUGGAAUCUCAGAUAAACUAAGUUAUGAUGAUCCGACCUGCCCAGUGGUGGUAAGGCAGUGGCUCUGUAGGCUUCUUUGACGUUGGCAUACAACAGAUCCAGGGUUUUGUUUUUUCUGGUAGGACAGUUAACAAACUGUGUAAAUCCAGUUAGGUGACAGAACAUGGUUGAAGUCUCCUGAUAUUAUUUCAAGUUUCUUAGGAUAUUGAGUCUGUAUCCUAGCAACAGUAUCAUGGAGAACAUCUCACAGAACUUCAGCCAUUGCCUUGGGUGGGAUAUAAACAAGUAUUGUUUUGAUAUGCCUGAACUCCCUUGGAACAUAAUAUGGCUGAAGAGCAACGGCUAACAGUUCAAUAUCUGGACAACACAACUUCUCCCUGACAGUUAUGUGUAAAGAGUUACACAAUCUCUAGUUAACCAAUAAAGCCAGACCUCCUCCUUUCUUCUUGCCACUAGCUUUAGCAUCUCUGUCUGACCUUAUGAGAGAGAAGCCAGGUAGAUCCACAGCGGAGGGCAGAGAGUUGAUGUUUCCCAUGAUGACUGAUGGAAGAAAGGGUUUAUUUCUUUAUUUCCUAGCCUUAAGCUUUGCCUUCACCUUUGCAUCAGCACGGCAACCCCGACAACAUCUCCUGAUGUCCUCUUGAAUUGGAUGUUGUUGUCCAGAUUUGCUCUGCCUCAAUGAAAGAAGCUCUUCUCUUGAGUUUACUCUUCUCACAGCAGUAAUAUCCAUCAGUAGUUGAGAAAAUAUGAUAAAGAUAUGGGGAAAAAAAGUAAAAAUUGCUAAAAGUUUUAAAGAGCAGCAGACAUUGCUGCUACUUUGUUGAGCUCAGGUUUUAAAACAUUUAAAUCUGGUUGGUAAAAUCCCUAGCGCAGCUAUUUUUGAAGUCAGGAUUGGGAAUUGUAGACCUUUAUUUUCAGAUGUAAAUAUUUUUUUAAAGAAUGUUCUGGAUGAAAAUCUGUUUUUACGAAAUUAGUAAAAACAAAAAGAGGAAGUCUACAAUCUAGUGGAUAAAGCUGAAUUUUAAAAUGAAUGUAUACUUUUGAUUUAAAAUCCCCUCUGCAGUUUGAGAUCGUGCCUGAGGAAGAUCCCCAGAAUGCCAUUGUGGCCUCCUCUGCUCUUACGUGUCACUCCAAUCUUCUGAAAGCCACUGCAUCUGUCAGGUAACAAGUUCCCCACAAAUGCUGAGAUUGAUUAUGGUUCAUUGGUUACAUGAUUGUUUUCUGUCCUGGGUGUUUAUGUUUUUUUAUAGAUGAUAUUCUGAUUUCUUUUAAUAUGUCCUUCUUUUAGUUCCAGGUCUGUGGCUCCAAUUGUGCCAUCAGGAGCUGACUUUUUCGGUUUCUCACACCCCACUAUCCAGAAUCUUAUUCAGAGCUGCCCUGGAGCACGCAAAUGUAGCAAGUAAAUGCACCCUUCUCUCUCAAUAAUGAUUGAUGCACUUUAAACUGUCGCAAAAUUGCCUAUUAUAUCUAUUUUUAGAUUUAUUAUUAUUUUUUAAAAAAUAUUUCAGCCUUCUUAAAAAAGGCUUUUAGUGUUUUGUGUAGUGUUAGUGUUCUCAAACAUAACAGAGCAUAACAAAAGUGUAAAAGUAACUUCAGGAGAAAAAAAAAGUGCUGAUGUGAAGCACCUCCCGGACAGGGACCAGGAGGAAACUGAACAGAUAGUUUAAUCACAAUAACAAACAUAAUUUUCAACCUGUUCCUUAAAGUGUUAAACAGUGAUUUGGAUUCUGAGGUUUUCAUCACAGGGUGACAUAAAAACCAGAAUUUUAAAGUCCCUCCCAAAGGAAAAACAAAGCCAAGUCAUGGGUUACAUAGUUAUGCCAUAGAAAUGUUCAUGCUCAAUGAAUAUGUACUUAACCCAUAAUUUUUACACUGUAAACUGUGCACUAUGAAAAAUACCAAAACUAUUAGCAUCAAAGUAAAUUUCUUCGUUGGAGUAUGAAAUCAAAGAGAUAGGGGUUUAGAUCAUAAUCACAGUUAACUGAUGUGAAUAUAUUCCUUAUGUGCUCUUGGUUCCACUUGAGAAAUAUAUAUAUUUUUUGGACAUUAUUUUUGAUGUUUUGUCUUUACUCAGCUAUCGGUGGAUACGUUUUGAGGUGUGUCGCCCUGGAGAUGGCCAGGUUCCUCAUAGUCUAUCAGAGGACGACGCUUCAGUCAACUUUGAGGCAUACCAGAGGCACCAGAGGUUCGAUGAGAACAUCAAGACAGAGCACUCAACAGGUUCUUUUAAAUGUAUAUGUUUUCUAUGUCAUUGUUAGUUUCAUGAUUAGUCUGUUAGCGAACCGUGAUAAAACCAUUUCAUAUUCAGGAGCAGUAGUGUUGGUUAUGUCAAAUAUGGGGAAAAAAAAUAAUGCUUAAUGCACAAUUUGUGAGAAUAUAUUUGUCCAUUCCUUUAAUAAUCAUGACUUGUUGGAAACACAUCAAAGAACUUGCCCAGUGAGUUACUGAAGAGGCUGAAAAAAAGAGAGGAAUUAAUAGACUGCAGGAAGUUUUUUUUUUUUUAAAGGCGAAUUAUAUUCAAGUACAGGUAGCACCAGUGUUAGAGUUGAUGUGUUUUACCAAGUACAAAUAUCAUAUUUCAAAUGGACAAAAGUCUUCUUUUAUCAUUUCUCUUUCUUGAAUAGAAACUCAUAUUUUAGAAGAGAACAUUGCAGCUAACACAUGACUCCUCAAUACUUACAUUUUUAAUACUUUGGUUUGUGUUUUUCCAAAACAAAUUGGAAUGUAAUUGUUUAAAAAAAUUGUAAACUCUGGUCUGUGUAAUCUUAAUAUCCUUUUUUGGCAUGCAAUGUGCUUUCAGGUGCUUUUUUAUGAUCAUUUUUAUUUGAUUCAACAGUACUGCACCAAUAAGUGUCUGUAUGGUUUCAAAUUUAAAAGCUGUUAAGAAGUGGAAAGGUUGUCUUAAAAUCAAAGUUUCCUCACUGAAGGUGUUUGUUUUUUAGGUGAAGCAUGUCCAAGAUACAAUUUACUUUUACUAGUUUUAACUUCUUAUGUGUAUCUGUUCUUUACAAAGCUGACACUAGAGAAAUCACUAUCAGUUCUUAUUGUUCACCCCUCUCGUCCUCCCUCAGGACAGACUGCUCAGUCCCCCAGCUCCUCUCAUCAGCACCACCUGAUCUCGCCCACCAUCAAGCUCUCUGCCUCGUACUUCAGCGCCUGAUUCCAAAGUUUCUGCUGAGUGUGGAUGGAACAUGACGGCGAUUCUUUUAAACCUUAAUUUCCAUCAACAGGAUUCGGGAUUUAUUGUCAAAUAAUUCCUCUAUUUCCUCUCUGCUUCAGCCUUUUGAACAACUUAACGGACAGUGACUCAAGUCAUGUUUUCUGUAUGUCAUGACAAGGCAAGUGCUGGAUAGCAUAACUGUGUGCUAGCAUGGUUGAUGUUUUAGAUUGGAUGUGGCUGUUGUUAGUUUUAUUAUUUCUUUGUAAGAAAAUGUGUUUUUUUUUACUGUAUGUCUGUGCAUGUAAAGGCAAAAUAAGUUGAUUGAUCUAUCAAUGAUUUCUCUUAAGUUCCAUUAAUUCUACUUUAAAGUUAAGGAAUUGAUUUCGAAUGGAAUACACUCACAUUUGCUUCAUCGUAAAAUUGUAAUUUAUUAGUGCAAAAUAAACAAAGAGUUAUUUGUUUCGUAAACAUGCAAUA